AUGUUACCGGAUCAUCUCUCGAAAAGGGGUGCCAUAGUAACCAUCAAACGCUGGACAGACAAGGACAUCAUCACCGCCAUCCUAGACAGUGACCUGGUGACUUUUCUCUGGGCCGAAGACUACAUCCAAAAUCCUGUUGCCUUUCGUGAAUUUCUGGAAACAGCCAAGAAAGCAAUCCAAAUGGAUCAAAAUGGGGCAAACUCUCUCUGCGUAAUGAAUCAUAUCGACCUGGUCCAAUGGAACAUGGACAAGAACUAUCUCCUUGAUAUGCAACGAGCUGGGUUCGACAUACCCAUGACCGAAAUCAUCGAUGCAGAGCAAUUUUCGUCCGCGUCUGCUUUGCACCAACGACUACAGACUUUUCAAUUAUCGGGCUCUGUUGUGCUCAAACCGUCUAUAUCUGCAUCCUCCAACAAUACCCGACUCAUUCCCGAUAUCUCAACACUAUCAAGCGACGAUACCGUAUAUCUAGACUCAUGCACGAAGGGUGAUUUACAAAGCUCGAUGGUCAUACAGCGAUUCGAACCAGCCAUCGCCACAGGCGAAUACUCUUUUGUUUUCAUCGGGGAACGGCUUUCUCACGUUGUGUUGAAAACCCCUAAAAUCGGUGAAUUCCGCUGUCAGGAGCAUUUCGGUGGCCUGACUUGUCUUAAGCCGAUCGAUUCAAUCCAGGGGAGAACAUUAUCAAUAGUGAAUGCUGCCUUCGACACCCUCAGAGUGUGGUUCGGGAAGGGAUCAACGGGUGAGAUGGGAUAUGUGCGUAUCGAUGGUUUGGUUACCGACGAAAGAGCCUUCAUAUUGAUGGAGAUUGAAGCCAUCGAGCCUCACCUUUAUCUCGAAAUGGAGGGCCUUCAAGACAUGGUUUCUCUCCUGUUAACAUAG